AUGGCAACGAGGACCAAGCAGAUUGCACUAGAUGAAAUUCAGGGAACCUUUCGAGAGCAGUAUAAGAGGAUAUAUCAUUAUGCACAUGAGCUCCUGCGGGAAAAUCCAGGGUCCUCUGUUCGCAUACAAGUGCAAAGGUCCCCUGAUCUUGAUAAUGCAGCACAAGCCUCAUCCAUGACCAAUUACUGCAUCUUCCAAAGGAUCUACGUGUGCUUGAAAGCAUGCAAGCAGAGCUUCCAGCAUUGCAGGAGCUUCAUUGGUCUAGACGACUAUUUUUUGAAGACACCCCAGGGAGGACAACUGCUCACUGCCAUUGGUUGGGAUCCGAAUGACCAAAUGCUGCCCAUUGCAUAUGCGGUUGUAGAGGCCGAGACCAAGGACUCAUGGACUUGGUUCCUAAAUCAUCUUGCAUCUGACAUUGGGAUUGAGAAGAUGAGAAGAACCACAUUCAUGUCUGACCAGCAGAAAGGUUUGUUGCUAGCAUACGAGGAUGUUAUACCAGGUGUGGAGAAUCGAUUCUGUUGUGCUAAGGUGACUCACUGGAGGGACUGGGACAGGUACAUGGUCGAACUGAAAGCUGUGAAUCAGGAAGCUUUUAGGUAUCUAGAUGCUAUCCCUCCUAGGUAUUGGUCUAGAUCUAGGUUCACCUAUAAUUCCAAAGUAGAUACACUGGUUAACAAUAUGUCUGAAAGCUUUAAUGUUGCCAUAGUUGAUGCUAGAGAGAAGCCUAUAGUUACAAUGUUAGAGGAUAUCAGGUUGCAUCAAGUUCAAAGGCUUGGCUUGGAAUCUUAUGUGGCCGACUGCUACAAGAGAGAAGCAUACUUGAGGUGCUACGAGGCAGUCAUACACCCAUUGAACGAACCUGAUCUGUGGGAGAGAACAGCACAUCCUGAUGUUAUGCCGCCCCCAUAUAGAAGGCCUAGUCACAGGCGAGUCAAAAAAAGGAAAACAGUUGCUAAAGAUGAAGAACAGAGUAGCCGCACUCACAUGUCAAGGAAGGGGGAGAAACAAAGGUGCUCUAUAUGUGACUCAGUUGGACAUAAUAAAAAUAGAUGUCCUAAACCUAUUGAGGAUGAGAUAUGUUGA